UGCGCCGGCGACUCGGGCGGGUCGCGCGUAACGUACGUUUUCAAAACAAAAUAGCCAUUCGAUUGUUCCAAUUUGAAAAAAUCCACUACAAAACGACCAAACAGUUCGAAGUAUUGCAAACAAUGUGCCUUUUCUGAAAUAUCGCGGCUUGUAGAGUGCGAGCAUUUGUUGGUGAAACACGAUCACGUUUUGAAGGAAACUCUGAUUAAAAUGUAGUGGGUGUACUUUCCAAGUGCUUCGUUGUUGGAACUAAUUGAACUCUGUUUUGGAUUGUGUGUGACAAGAUGCAGUAUUUUCAAUUAGCAUCUAUUGUAGCCAUAAUUGUUUCUACGACCAUCGCAGUCCAGUUUCCUACGAAUCCUACGUCAGAGAUGUCGGCUGAUGAAAAAAACUUGAUAAAAGACAAUAAGACGUUGGAUCAAUCAGAUGAAAGCGCCAGUCACGAAGUCGUCGAAGUCGACGUGGCUGACGUCAAAGAUACUAAAAAGUAUCUAGAUGAUGCAAUGAAGACGGUUCUAGAUCCAAAUUCGAUAAUACAAACAAAUAAAGAUGACGUAGAAGUUAUCAAAUUUCAAUUAGACGAAUUAGAUAAAGAGAAUAAGACUCUCGAGGAGUUUAUGGAAGAUAUGGACAAUUUAAGUUUAGAAGUUUGUAAGACUUCUCAAGAAGCUUUAUGGUCAUAUGUAACAGAUAUCAGUAAUGAAGGAAAGAAGAAUAAAAUGGUUCGUAUAGCAGCAGAAGAGGACGAAAUAAAAAAGCAGUACUGGAAUAUAUUAAAGAAAAAAUAUUUGAAUCAUGAACAAGUAUUGAACGAUCCUAAACUAAGACGGAAGAUACGAAUUAUUAAGGAAAGGGGGACAAAUGUACAAAUGCCACAGAGUAAGCAAAGAGAAGAAAUAGAUACAAUGCAAAGAAUUUGGAGCAGGGUAACAGUAUGCGCUUAUAACACUACAUAUUGCGGCACCGAAGAUUCGGUCCGAACAAUGAGUGAUGUGAUAACAAUAUUCAAGACAUGCAAUGAUUCAAAAGAGCUAGCGUAUUAUUGGAAAGCCUAUCGGGAUACAACAGGGAGGAAAAUACGUCCCAUUUUCAAAGAUUACGUAGUCAGAAUGAACAAUGUCGCACAAGCAGAAAAUUUUAGUGAUGCAGGUGAUAUGUGGAGAUAUGCAUUUGAGGAUGUAAAUUUUGUAGAAGUAGUUGAUGGAAUAUGGAAGGAGAUCAAACCUUUUUACGACCUUCUGCUUUCAUAUGUAAGAGCCAAGUUAAAGGUGUAUUACAAAGAGGAUUUGCGGUAUAAUGACAAUGUGAUACCAGCACAUAUCUUGGGCAAUUUAUGGGCCCAAGAAUGGCAAGCUUUAUAUCCUAAAGUGGCAGCAUAUCCAGAUCAUAUAAGACCUAAGCUAUUGAAGAACGAGACCAUACAAUCUAAGGACUUGUUUGAUGCCGUUGAUGACUUCCAUAUGUCACUGGGCUUUGAGAGUGCUCGAAAUUCAUAUCAAGACAUAAAGGAAACAAUGACGACGGCCAAUUGUUUACCUUCCAGUCAUGAUAUGUGUGAUGGUAUUAAUUACAAGAUAAAAUGGUGCGGAGAGAAGAUAACGGACGUGGCAGUGGGUCUGUCGCGAGCAGCCAGGCUGUUGGGCCAUGUGCAGUAUUUCAAGCACUACCGACAUCUUCCACCUUUGUAUAGAGACGGACCCAAUCCGGCUUUCCACGAUGCUAUCUCCGAUAUAGUAGCAGUACAACUCACGUCCCCGGAUCACCUUCAAACUCUCAGCUUUGUGAACGUGGAGACAGGCCCUGAAUUCAUGCUCAACCAUCUGCUUUGGGUUGCCCUAGAGAAGUUUCCUUUGAUGGCGUAUGCUUACGUGUUGGACAAAUGGCGGUGGGACGUUUUUGGCAACAGCAGUCUGGAGAAUUGGAAUGAACAUUGGUGGGAUUUGAGGACUAAGGAGACAGGUGUGUCACCUCCAGUACCCCGCAACGAGAGCGACUUGGAUCCAGCUGCCAAAUACCAUGUAGUAUCACACGUUCAGUAUAUUACGUAUCUGAUAUCCCACGUACUGGAAUUUCAAAUUCUACUAUCUCUAUGCAAGAGGGCAAACCACACGGGACCUUUGCACGAGUGUUCCCUAUAUGGAGUCAAGGAAGCAGGAAAAUUAUUAAGUGACGGCAUGUCUCUAGGCGCAAGUGAAGAUUGGGCAACAGUUCUUAAGGCAAUAACAGGCGAAACACGACUGUCUACAAAAGGAUUACUAGAAUACUUUGCAACACUCAGUGAUUUUCUAAAAGAAGAAAAUGCUAAAUUGGCUGCAGAAGUCGAAGAUAUGGACCAAAGUGCUCCGAUCAUAGUUGGCUCCGUGGUUGUUUUAUUAACGAUAUUAAUAAUAAUCCUAUAUUGCGUGAAGAAACACGAUAUUGGCGGUAAAAUGUUUUCUAUGUGUGGCAUAAGUAAGAAUGGAUCGUUGGACAUAGUCACGAAUGAGGUACCUCAAGGAAAGGCUAAUGAAAUCGAUGGUAUCUGCGAAGAUAAGGUGUAAAAUAUAAUUAAUACUUUAUGCUAGUAAUAGCCAUUUAUUGAUGAAUCCAAGAGAUAUGUCCAUUUACAUUGAGUCAUCAAAGAAUCCAUACUAACAUAUAACAUAAUAAGAAUAAGUAGCUGUAGAGCUCCUUGUGAAAGAGUUCACAUUCAAAUAUAUCGAGUUGUUAGGUUUUUGCGAUUGUCACAUAUAGUAAAUAA